GCAGAUUUUUUUCGCACCGAUCAAAUGUUUUUGAAGCAAAUAGUACCACCAUCCGGUUAUUCAUCGUAUGGAAAUGACAAUAAGACUUUUCAGCUUUCUUACAUGUUCCCAAAGGAGAAUAAAUAUUAUUCAACUUUUAAAGAAUAUGUCGAAAAGGGGAUAACUAUGAAAGGAUUGACAUUUAAUAUUUAUGAUGAUAAAAUGAGAAAUGCUGCAAUAGCUUUAUUUAAACUUAUAAGAAAUACAAGAAAAGACGAAAAAUUUAAUUUUAUCAAUUUAACAAAAUGGAUUCAUUAUAACGUUAACAGCGAUAUGGUAGAUUACGCUUCGCGUCUUGCAUCAUUGUUUGAUACUUCCACCCCCGAUGAGAAAUUUUUACCUCCUUUCUUAGUGAAGCCAAACUACUUUGUUGGAGGUGAAACAAUAUUCAAAGCAUUUUACUUCAGUGAUAAAAUAGGUAAAGUCACUGAAAACGUAAUGAAAACGUACCAAAUUUUAAACAUAGACGAAAACAGUAUUGCUAUUAACACGAAUUAUUCUGGUUGGAAUAUGCCACCAGAUGCAUGUGACAAACUAAUUAAAUAUUACACUGAAGACAUUGCGCUCAACAGUCAUUAUUACGGAUUACAGCUUUUACAUCCAUUUUGGAUGACCAAUGAAGAAUUGGCUGUUUUCAAUCCACGACAUGCUGAGCACUACUAUUUUUCACACAAACAAUUAUAUGCUCGAUAUCAACUAGAAGAAGAACAUUUGCAAGCAGAUGUAGCAGCACUGCAAGCAAAAUAUGAACCACAGUAUAACCCAUAUUUAUAUUACGAUAAUGGUCUUCCAUUUCCAUCUAGAUGUGCUACUAUUGGCGAUGAUAAAAAGAAUGACGACAGUUAUUUAAAAACAAAGGAUUCGGAAAUUAAGGAAAGCAUUCAUAGAGGAAAAUACACGGAAAAUGGUACACUGGUGGAGCUAACGGAAGAUAAUUAUAUUAAUCUUGUAGCAAAACUUGUGCGUUCUAAAAUGAAUAACAUAAAAAAUGCAAAAAUUGCAAGGAAUGUCUAUGGUUACCGAGCUUCAGGUUACCCGAUUAACAAAUACAACCCUGCACCUUCGAUAUUAAAUCACGCUCAGACAACACUAAGGGAACCAAUCUAUUGGUAUUUAAUAAAAAAAGAUCUUGAUUAUUUUUCAUUAUAUGCGAAUAAUACAGGACCAUACGACAUAUCGAAAUAUGAAAGGAACGAUUUCACUAUAAGCAACAUAGAAACUACGACUGUAUUAACAAAAUUUCAAUAUUACUUGAUAAAUUUAUACAAAUCUUUGGAUGGUGAUCUACCGUUACACGAAGCAACGGCGAUGCCUAAUGUGUACGCAAGACAGAGAAGAUUAAACCAUGAACCUUUUACGCUUAAAUUUACAAUAGAAUCUAAGUUACAGAAAGAUGUUACAAUAAGACUUUUCUUGGGACCAUCAUGUUCUAUCAAUAAUUGUUGGGCUUUGUAUUAUAAAUUCUUUCAGCUGGACUGCUAUCGCUACAACGUAAAGGUUGGUACUAAUAACGUUACUUGGACUACAGAGUCAUCAUCAAAAUACUAUUCGGACCAAAAUUUUAAUAAGACUGUAUCUUACGAAUCACUAGAAGAAAAUUAUGAUGUAUACAAAUUUCCAAGAAAUUUGGUUAUUCCAAAGGGACGUAAAGAAGGGCUGCAUUUUACAAUAUUUAUAAUGAUUGAUGAUGAAGAUGUCAAUCAUGACUUCGAAGAUACUUCUCUGUAUAUGCAGGUUACCGGUAAUAUAAGCAAUAAGCCGUUGGGAUUCCCGUUCCAUAGACAGGCGGAUGUAAAAACAGUGAACGCUAAUGCUCCAAACUACAGAUUCUACAAUAUUUUAGUGUUUCACAAAGCAAGUCCUGCAGAUAAUACGGGAUAUUUUUCACCACAUAUUUACUGA